CGGGAACCGCACUUUUCGUAAACGAGAAAAUCCUUAAGAUGUUCACAUACCUCACGCUGAUGUUGUUAUGACAAUUAACUACUGCGCGAUUGCAGGGCUCAGUAUCAUAGGCUGUAUCCUACUGUUUUGCAAUGUCAUCAUCGGUUUCGUGGGAUGUGCUAGCACCAGACCAGGGCGUCCUAUUCAAAACCAGGGCGGCAUUUUGUUCAUUUCGGCCGGCUGCACUAUCGCCGCAGUGGUUUGGUUUUACAUCACUCAAUACCAUGACACGCUUACAUCGCUGUCAUCGACCUCGCUAAAUAUCAAGCUUGGCUAUUCCUUCUACCUAGGCGCCGUUGCGGGUGGAGGCACAUUUAUUGCCGCUAUAACCAUGUGUGUGACAGCUAAUAAAAUGGACGUCCCAGUUGCACAACAGGGACCCACGGGAUAUCCACAACCAGGAUUUCCGCAACCAGGAUACCCACAGUCUGGAAACCCACAACCAGGAUACCCACAGCAUGUAAACCCACAACCAGGAUACCCACAGCAUGGAAACCCACAUCCAGGAUACCCACAGCCUGGACACUCACAACCAGGAUACCCACAGCCUGGACACUCACAACCAGGAUACCCACAGCAUGGAAACCCACAACCAGGAUACACACAGCCUGGACACUCACAACCAGGAUACCCACAGCAUGGAAACCCACAACCAGGAUACCCACAGCCUGGAAACCCACAACCAGGAUACCCACAGCAUGGAAACCCACAACCAGGAUACCCACAGCCUGGAAACCCGUAAACCGAAGUCGGAUAUGAGGAAACAGUUUUAUAACUACAUCUAUCACCAUUCUAUAGUGACACUUUACCAAUAGUGGCUUACAGUUAAAAAAAGUACGAUACUUACGCUUUAACACAUGACCUUGCUGUUUUAAUGCAAUUUUUGAAAACUUUAGAAGGUUGUUUUCUUAUUUCUGUUUGAUUUUUGUGUGAAAAUUUCCACAUUUGGACUAUUUUGACUAGUCCACAUUAGAUUCUUUAAAACAACAUCUAGGUAUUCAUACCAACGUGCUGAUGCUUCCAUGUAAACAAUACUAGCGACAUUGUUGCACAAUGUGUCAUAAUAUCUUCGCAUGCAUAUUAAGCGAAAUUAGUCGGAAACAGUAUAUUUUGAUGGUGCUUUAUAUUUUAUAGAUAGUAACACUGCUGAUAUACGUAACAUGUUUACGAUAAAAUGCAUAAACAAAUAGGUCAACAAUUAUUGAUUAACAAAUGUAGGAUUAGAUCAAACCGGUUUUUUAUUCAUUUUUUUCUCUCACAAAAAAGGUGUUUUAUUGAUAUAAAGAGAAAGUAGGACCUACAAGUUAUAAAAAAGCAAAUGAUGAAACAGUCUAUUAAAAAACAAUUGCAAUGAGUGCUGUAUUUAGUUUGAGUUAUAUCUAGUACGCUUUUGCUUGUCUAGUAUUAAUGUUCCUUCCUUUACUUUAUUUAAUAUUUUAAUAUAUAUUGUAUACUAUUUCAAUGUUUAUGAUAUUUUCACUGCAAAUAUGUGAUAACUUUGUGCUGUUAAGGAAUUUUAUGUGAUAUGGAAGUGUUAAAUUCCAGUUAAACUGUAUUAAGCUUGAACAAUUUAAAGGUAAGAAUAAUUAUGAAAACAAGACUUUCUUGAUUUACGUACCGUGCGACGCUAUUCAUUUGGGUAUCAUUUUCAAAAGUCUGUUUUAUCAAAACUAAUGAGAGUUGGGAGAAGAAAUUUAAUCAGAACCCUCGUUGACUCUAACAUAUUUCAACUAUGCAUAUUUUCUGUCGAUAUUGAUCGUGUAUACCCAAAUAUUCGCCAAAAUAGCGGAAGUGUCUCUUCCAGGGUACAGUAACGCCAGUUCAACGGCCUACGUAACUCUGAUGGUAUUUCGCGUUCUUUUUAUAGAACCACGCGCCCGAAAUAUCAAAAUGUGAUAAAAAAUGUAAAGUGGAUAGUAUCUUUUUAAG